CUAGAUCUAAGCAGAAUCAGUGAUACCACUAGAUACUCUUAUGAGCUAUAUAUAUCUGUUUCACAAUUGAAGCUUGUGGAAUAUUCUAGUUCAAAGGGGAAGCACCAACAAGAUGCAGAAGCAAACAUUUGAUAGAAUAAAACCAUUUCUUGCAGUUGUAUUCUUGCAAUUUGGGUUUGCAGGGAUGGAUGUCCUUUCUAAGGCUGCACUAAACCAUGGGAUGAGCAAUUACGUACUCGUUGUCUAUCGCCAUGUGGUUGCUACUCUUGUCAUUGCCCCUUUUGCAGUGAUUUUUGACAAGAAAGUAAGGCCAAAGAUGACAGUUCCUAUCUUCACCAAACUACUUGUGCUUAGCUUACUAGAGCCAGUCAUUGACCAGAACUUGUACUUUCUGGGAAUGAAGUACACAACAGCAACGUUUGCAGCAGCUUUAACCAAUGUUCUUCCAGCCAUUACUUUCCUAAUGGCUUGGUUGCUUAGGCUUGAGAAGGUAAAAUUAAAGAGUAUCCGAAGCCAAGCUAAAGUGGUCGGGACUCUAGCAACGGUAGCGGGAGCCAUGGUCAUAACACUGGUAAAAGGCCCAGUUCUUGACUUGAUUUGGACUAAAGGAAAAACAAACCAUGACCAGCAAAACAAUGGGACCAAUAUUCAUCAUUCGAUUACGGGUGCCAUAAUGAUAACAAUGGGCUGCUUCAGCUGGGCUUGUUUUGUUAAUCUGCAAGCCAUCACACUAAAAACAUACCCUGCUGAGCUUUCCCUAACAGCUUGGAUAUGCCUGUUAGGCUCACUCGAAGGCACCAUAGUGGCACUAGUGAUGGAGAGGGGAAAAGCUGCAAUCUGGGCGAUCAGUUGGGACGUUAAACUAUUUGCAGCUCUCUACAGUGGCAUAAUCUGUUCGGGACUGACAUAUUACAUUCAAGGGGUUGUGAUGCAAGACAGAGGCCCUGUAUUUGUAACAGCUUUUAAUCCCCUAUGCAUGGUUAUUGUUGCUAUCAUGGGCUCAUUCGUUUUGGCUGAGCAACUGUAUCUUGGAAGGAUACUAGGUGCGAUUAUCAUAGUUGCAGGAUUAUAUCUUGUGGUGUGGGGUAAAAGCAAAGAUUACAAGUCCUCAACUUCAUUGAUCGAUGAGAAAACAGCACCAGAUAAGCAAAUAAUACAAGCAGGUAGCACUGGAAACAAAGAAUCCAAUCAUGAAUCAACAGAAAAAAAUUCAAUCACUAUUGACGUGUCUGGUUGUGAAAUUGUAACUAGAGAUGAACAAGUUCAUGAGCAAAGGAGUCCAAUCACUGUCUAG